AUGUUUAUGAGUUUAAGAGAAAAAAAAAUUAUUUGGAAGAGAUAUACUGUAACAGGGUCAGAUAAAAUCUAUAAGGAAUACAGGAAGCUAAAUAACAAACUGACUAAUUUAAGGCGCACGGCAAGGGCAGUUUACGAAAAUCAACUAUUAGAUCUAGGACCAAAGAAAUUUUACUCGUACAUCAGGCAGCAAAUCACCUUUAAAGUUAGUACACCAAACAUUUUACGGAACAGUAAUGGGCAGUCUGUGACACGUUCUAAAGACAUAGCAGAAGUAUUUGCAGAACAUUUUUCUAAUGUAUUUGAAAGAAAACCACUAGAAGAACUUCCCGCGCUUGACCCAAACCUAAGAGCAACUGAAGUUAUGGAGGACAUCAUGUUCACAGAAUCCAAAGUACAAGCUGCUAUCAAAGAAAUGAAUAUAGACUCUUCACCUGGCCCCGACGAAAUACCCGUACAUGUUUUAAAGAACUGCGGAAUUGAUAGUUACCUAGCAUCAGUAAUGCAAAAAUCAUACGACAAAGGAGUUUUGCCUUAUUUAUGGAAAACGGCUUUAGUGACUCCUGUUUACAAAAAGGGAAACAAAUUAGAUCCUGCAAAUUAUAGACCGAUAAGCUUAACUAGUGUGGUGUGCAAAGUCAUGGAAAAGAUAAUAGUUAAGCACAUGAGACAGUUCCUUAACAAACAACAAACUAUUGGGACUGAAAAUGAUCAUGAACCAUUGUUUGCAAUAGUUUUGCGCGUCUUGCUUGACGCGUCGCACACCUCUGCUUAA